CCCGACGCCGUCGUCGCCGACUUCCACAGGGAGGUUGCGAGGUCCCGGCGGCGGAUGCAGGAGGCAGGCGGCGGGUGCAUGACGGGUAACCCAAUCGACGACUGCUGGCGGUGCGCGGGGACAAACUGGUGGGAGGACCGCCAGCGUCUAGCGGACUGCGGCAUCGGGUUCGGGCGCAACGCGCUGGGCGGCAAGGGCGGGCCGUACUACGUGGUGACGGACCCGUCGGACCGGGACCCGGUGAACCCGUCCCCGGGGACGCUCCGGCACGCCGCGAUCCAGGAAGGCCCGCUGUGGAUCACGUUCGCCCGCGACAUGACCAUCCGCCUGAACGAGGAGCUGCUGGUGAACAGCUACAAGACGCUGGACGGGCGCGGCGCGAGCGUGCACGUCGCCGGCGGCGCGUGCAUCACGCUGCAGUACGUGUCCAACGUGAUCAUCCACAACCUGCACGUGCACGACUGCGUGCCGGCCGGGAACGCGAACGUGCGGUCGUCGCCGACGCACGCCGGGUGGCGGACGCGGUCGGACGGCGACGGCAUCUCGCUGUUCUCGGCCCGGGACGUGUGGGUGGACCACUGCGCGCUGUGGCGGUGCGCGGACGGGCUGGUGGACGCCAUCAUGGGCACGACGGCGGUGACGGUGUCCAACAGCUACUUCGCCCACCACGACGAGGUGAUGCUGCUGGGGCACAGCGACGGGUACGCGCCGGACUCCGGGAUGCAGGUCACGGUGGCGUUCAACCACUUCGGCCUCGGGCUGGUCCAGCGGAUGCCGCGGUGUCGGAGGGGCUACUUCCACAUCGUCAACAACGACUACACGGCGUGGCAGAUGUACGCCAUCGGCGGCAGCGCCUCGCCCACCAUCAACAGCCAGGGGAACCGCUACAUCGCCCCCGCCAACCCAAACGCAAAGGAGGUGACGAAGCGUGUGGACACAGAGGAGGGGCAGUGGGACGGGUGGAACUGGCGGUCGGAGGGGGACAUGAUGGUCAACGGCGCCUUCUUCGUGCCCUCCGGCGAAGGCCUCGAGGCCAUCUACGACAAGGCCUCCAGCGUCGACCCAAAGUCGGCGGCGCUCGUCGACCAGCUCACCAUGGGCGCCGGCGUCCUCGGCGGACCCAGGUACGUACGCUUCACCUUCUCACUCGCCGGCACGCUUUCUUUCUUUAUUCAUCCGCCGUCUACUGAAAUACAGUAUCUCGUACUACCAGUGCGUCAAAACCGCAAUCGCUGCUGAUAAAGCGGGUCCCACAUACAACACCUUUGCUACGCAACUUUUGGCCUCUUCCUUUUGAGUAGAUGCCUUUGCCUUCCUCCAAGGCUCCAACGGACAUCGGUCGCCGGCGUGCCGGGCAGGCGGGCACCCGGCACCGCAUCCCGGGUCGUCGAUUCCUGUGAAAUUUCGCCAGUCUCCUGCAAGAAACCAAGGGAAACAUGGCCGAGAACCAAAAAGAGACCGAGUAGCGGUAGUAGCCCGCCGGGGAGCACGGUAGUCGGUCCCUCUGUGUGCGCAUGCUCCACAUGCGCGCCACUCAUGGCUGAUUUUGUCCCGGAAACCUCAGUCCGCAGUUCAAUCCCGCCCACAAUGAUGCUCCAUUAUAAAACUGAAGAAAGAUUUUUAUAUUACACACACAUUGCCUCCGUCCCGUAAUACAAGAUGUUGCUACCACCAAUAUGGGAGUGAGCAGGUUAUGACAAUGUCUUGUACUCCCUCCGUUUUUUUCUUUUAUAUAACCCACAUAUAGUUUUUUGAGAAAAAAAUCAGAAAUACAUGUUAUGUUGUGUUGCACCACUCUCUGGAUAUAUUUUAGGGUUUCGAUUAUGCUUCCUUAUCUCAUGCCAACUCCUCUAUUUUAUCACAUCAAUAGUCAGGGAUAAUCUUGCCUGACAGUGGUGUAAUUUUCUCUCCAUGGGCAUUCUUUAAUUUCCGUACCAAAAACUAUACAACAUGUAUUUAUUAACAGAGUACUUAGAGGAAAUUGUAGAAACCAUCCAUUAUUGACUUAAAUUAUCGUGCAAAUUAUUCACUUACAUUUUUUUUUACAACGUACUAUCAAUUAUUCAUGUAAUUGGUUGCACAUAGGUUCAAAUUUCAGAUUAACAGCAUAUUUGAUUAUGGAGCCCACGAGGCAGUGAUAGAAUGUAGCAUUGCAUGUGUACGUGUCAUCAGCUAAUUGUCGCAUAAUUUUUGACAAAAAAUUCACAACUGUUUGGCCGAUUCCCAAAAAAGUGAAGAAAACUUUCAAACGGCUCGUCAAAUUUGUUCUAAACUUUCACAUGUUAGUUUGUUGUAUAGUUUCAAUUAUAAGAUUCCUUUUAGAGUUCUAUUUUUGAAAAUUUCAUCAAAUUUUGGCCAAAUCUCAUAUAAAGUGACAAAACUGCUUGAUCCAAAUUGUUUAAAUUUUCCUGGAUCGGUUAGCAUGCAUUGUCAGCUGAUGACAUGUGGACAGGCAUGACACAUCGUCACUAGCUUGUUGGCCCCGGUCGUUAGAUCUAUCCCUUGUUAAUUAGCUUAAUCUGAGAAUAGUUGCUGGUUUGUAAAAGAAAAUGUGUAAAUUAAGUAGUUUAUGCAACUAUUGGUAGCAAUGGUUCGUGGUUUCCGCAAAUUGUGUUUGACUAUACCAUCUAGGGCAGUGUCCUUCGUUCACCAACCGAGAGAGCGGAGGGUUCGUCCCAGUUGUUGCCUAGGUCCAGCUGCAGCGUUUCCGUUAGAAAAAUAAAAUCCCAUGUGGCCUUUUUGUCGUCCUGUACCAUGUUCCCCGGAAUCCAAUUCUUAUUCCAGUGUUCCCUCGUGACAUCAGUGGUAGAUCUCAGCUUAACCAACACACAAAAAAGGCGUAAGAACAGCUGCAUACAUAAUAGUUGCUGGUUUGGCUGCGAUAUCUUACCGUCUUACAACAGCGUGUGUUUUCUCUGGCAGGGACAACGGCGAAGCGGCCGCGUACGCCGGGCUCAACUAUGCCGGAUCGGCUACGGGCGGUGGAGGCGCCGGAGGCGGAGGCAACGGGUACGGCUACCUGGGGAUGGUCUAC